AGGUAGUCUUUCUUGCCGUUAGAUCUUACUUCUUCCUAUGUUUGAUUGCUCGUCAGUCUGUUCUUAUCGACGGCGAGCCGCCAAAAGACGAUAGUCCGGUCUACCCCUUAGUACCUUUUGCCAUGACGGCCUUGCAGUUCAUAUUUUAUGUGGGAUGGAUGAAGGUAGCAGAAAGCCUCAUGAAUCCACUAGGUGAAGAUGACGACGAUUUUGAGUGCAAUUAUUUGAUCGACAGAAAUCUCAGGGUUGGCUUGACUAUAGUUGACGAUUGUUAUGGCGAUCUCCCUCUCCAGCAGAAAGAUAACUUCUGGGGUGUAGACACCAUCGAACCUUUGUACUCUGCGGAUUCCGCUGUAAAACCUGUAAAUCCACAAGUUGGUUCAGCAGCGCAGUAUGACUUUUUCAACCGAAUCAACUACCCCGUUGUUCAUAGACUGCCUUAUAGAGUGCAGCAAGAUGAAGUCGUCAUGAUGCCUCAUAUCUCCACUGAGGAUUUUGAUGAUAUAUCUAUGGAAGAUGCUGAAGCGAGACUUUUGCCGAGAGGAAUAUCUGUUGUUUCUGUAAAUCGACAGUGUGGCAGUCGGGCCAGCCUGGCUAGCAGGAAAAGCAGUUUCAUAGAUUCCGUGCGAAAGCAGUUCAGUCGAGACACUUUUGGCUUCAAUAUACUCUACCGAAUUUUACUGCGUCCGACCACUUUAUAAGU